GCAGUUUAUUAAGACUAUAACAAGCAACGGUAACUAGAAUUAACACUCAAGUGUUCCUCUCGCAAUGGCAUCGAGGCUACUCUCUGAGAUCUCCAAUUACCCGAUCCGGUAAUUGGACAAGCAUUUGCCAAGUCGUGCCAAGUUUUUCUCGUCCAUGACGCUCAACUCUAGAGUUGACGAAUCAGAUCUACCAAACAGAUGGAGUCAAUAUCUACAUUUGAUACAACACCAUGCUCAACUUACCUAACAGAGCACAACUCAUCGCGAUUCUACGUUUCGAUUCGCUAACUCGAAUGUAGAUUAUUGGAGAGAACUGACUGAAUUUGGGCACGUCGCGUCGAGCUCCUGUCGUGGCUCGACGGGCUAAUCAUGACGUCAACUUGGACAUACUACGAAGCCCCUUUACAAUCCGUCAUGAUCCAUUUCCAACUUAUAUUUAUAUGACCGGCCAGGCCAAUGUUUACCAGCAUUACUACACUUAGUCUUAACCUCGUACACCAUUACUAGAGCCUCUUUGCACCCUCCGCGAGUUUCGAGCAUCGAGCAUUCCCUUAUCGGGACUCGAAUAGGAAGACCUCGCUCGUGCACACUCCAUAUCCACAUUAUCCACAUAACGCCUAACAUAUAAUAAAUCGGUUAAUAUGGGCUUCUUCAGCCGUCGUCGUGCCGAUGGGGCGACGACUAACAAUCAGAGUAAUGGACAUCGGAACGGACAUGUCCAAGAUACCGUAGCCUAUCCUAUGGCGGUUCGUCCGAGUUUUGGCCAGUGGCUCAAAGUCACAUGGCUCGAUAUCGUUACCAUGAUAUGUAUGGGAGCUAUAGGGCUUGGUGUGUACGAGGCGAAACCAGCUCCGACUCGAUCAUUCCCAGUAACCUUCUCCGAUGGAGAGGUCGUAUAUCCGCAAUUCGCAUAUCCCCUGCGUAAGGAGAUCAUCCCUAUCUGGCUAGCUGCGUUUCUCGCGGCCAUAAUCCCGAUUGUUGUUAUUCUACUCAUGCAAAUUCGUAUUCGAUCUUUUUGGGAUGUAAACAAUGGAAUUAUCGGCCUUCUAUACUCGCUCAUCACCGCCGCCGUCUUCCAGGUCUUUUUGAAAUGGCUUAUCGGUGGCUUGCGCCCGCACUUCCUUGCCGUGUGCAAGCCUGAUGUGAGCCUCGCUAGCAACGCCCCCGGCGUUAAGGGCGCUGGCUACAACGGGGCUGGCUUCACGAACAUCUACUACACGAAAGAGAUCUGCACGGGUGACGAGAACCAGAUCAAUGACUCUCUCGAAUCGUUCCCGUCAGGCCACAGCACAGCGGCCUUUGCUGGCUUCGUCUUCCUUUACCUUUACCUUAACGCUAAGCUCAAGGUCUUCUCAAACUACCACCCGGCGAUGUGGAAGCUAGUGGCCGUCUAUGCGCCAAUACUAGGAGCUACGCUAAUUGCUGGCGCGUUGACAAUCGAUGAGUUUCACCAUUGGUAUGACGUCUUGGCGGGCGGCAUCAUUGGUACCGUCAUGGCCUUCUCCGCAUACCGCAUGUGCUAUGCCGCGAUUUGGGAUUGGCGUUGGAACCACAUCCCUCUUCACCGUGGGCAGGCAUGCCUAUACACUUACGAUAGCGUCGAGCUUAUGGAUGCCUUGUGGACACGCAAGGCCGGAUGGGGUGUUGGAGCUUCGGGUUAUAGUGGCAAUGCACACACUACGAGCGGUCAUGGCGGCGUGGCUGGUUUCCAGCGGAAGCCUGUUAGGAGCGGUGCCGCGCGAAGGGGUGAUGAUAUUGUCUAAUCGAUCAUAUCAUCGCGACACCUAAUGAUUCACAACGAUCAACAAAGUUUGAGUGAUUAUGUGAGAUAUAUAGCAUGACCGUAAUAUAAAUGCCUAGAGUACAACGAAUAAUGUUAAUUAAAAUUUUUGCU